CAAAUAUUGUUGCUAAAAACAGUUGCAGACAAAUAUCUCAACAUUCAAAGAUCAAAAGUCAAGAAAAUCCUCUUGAUACAGGCAUUAAUUCCGAUUAUUUCCUGUGAAUCUUUACAAUGAAAAAUCAAUAAAAUUGCUUCACCGUCUAGGAAAUGAUAACAAUGGAUACAAAUAAGAAUCCAACACUGAGGAGAAUGCAUUUUAACCAAGAGACUUUUAUACAAUUGAAAGAGGUGCCAGUCGGGCCACUUCCACUGGAGGAAGGAGAUGCUUUUCACUUAAAUUUAUAUGACUCACUGGAGUCUGAUUCUGACAGUUUAAUUCAAGAGAAGCAAUACCAAUUGAAGCUGAAACAUCGCAUUCAGGAAAAUGAAGAAGUGGUUUUUCAGACUUUUGACAUUGAAUUUGAUAUGGAGAAUGGAGAUGAUGACGAGAAUCUCUAUGAUAGUCUGGAAGAAGCAGAAGUUGAAAAUAACUUUGAUGGAAACAAGUUUGAAACUGACCACAAGAGUAGUGAAGAGGCAAGAAAUCACACCAAUGACAAAUAUGCCAGCCUAAGGUAUGAUCCCAAUUGGAGGAAUACCAGAGGGGGAGCAGAGAUUCUUUUGUCCAAAGACACGCUUCAACAACAAAGCCCACAUGUCAAUAAUCCACUGAUGAAUUUGCUCCAGGAGUCAGAUGACUCAUUAGAGGAUAGUGUUGCAAUAUCCCAGGAACUUAAGCACCCAGAUUUAUUGGAACAUAAAAAAUUAACAAAUAAAUCUCUUGGAGCUCGAUUUAGUUUGAGAGAAAAUGGUAAUAAUGCAGAGAAGCAACCUAAAAAGCAAAGACCUCCUUCUCCUUCUUGCAAAUGUGACAGCAAUCAAGAAGAAUGUGAUUCUUUUGAUUCUUCUGUCUCUGAUGAUAACAGUACAACUGAUUUGCAAAACCACAAGAAAAGCACAUCAGUAAAUACUGCAAAAAUGGUACCAUGGGUUAAAAAUGGGAAAAAUAAAUGUCACAAUGUUAAAAGUGACAAUGAAAUACUGAAGGACCAUAAGUAUAGACACGUUAACUUAUUGGAGCAAAAAAGACAAAUGGGUAAAUCCCAAGGAGUUAGAUUUAGUUUGAGAGAAAAUGAAAAUAAUGAAGAAAAACAAUCUGAAAGGAAAAGACCACCUUCUCCUUAUCGUAAAAAUAUUGAACGCAGUCAAGAAGAAUGUGAAUCUUUAGAUUCUCUAGGAUCUUAUGAGACCAAUAAGAGUGACUUUCAAAAAGAUAUGAAAAUAACAACAGACAACAUUUUGGAAACAGGAUCCCAGGAUGACCAGGGGAAAAAUAAACAUCACCAUGAAGAAGAUUUUGAAAAAUUAAAUGAUCACUAUCAGAAAGAGUAUAUGCAGUACUGGGAGUGUGAGUCAAUGCAUAGUGAUGAAAACAUAAAUCGUGUUAGGAGCAGAAAUGUCCCUGAGAUCUCCUGUGACAGGAAAUUACAAACAAAAGAGAGAUCAAGGAAUGACAUUGUGGCACGUAAUAAGCAAACUCUGGGUGCACACAAAAUAACCUCAUAUCAACAAUUAUAUAAUGAAAUGAAGACCAAAAGUACUCAGGAGGUAUCCACAACGAAAAGUUCCAAGACCAUGACCAUUGAGGAAUCGAAGCAAAAUACUGUGGAUGGUCAGGAGAACAGUACUAAAAUGAAGUGGAUGCAAAGGGCACAGAGAUUACAGAACUGCAAGACAAAGCAAUUAUCUGCUAAGAAAAAUGGAUUGAUAAAUAUAGUGAGAGAGAAACCUCCACGACCACCUGAUAAGUCUUCAACUAAACAGCAUGCACAGAAAACCCAGCAGGAAGAGAAGUUGCGACAUGUUGAAGAUGCAGGGGCUCAUCAGACUAAAAAUACUUCUGAUUUGCUAAUAGUUCAUAGAGAUGAUGACAGUGUUCCAUUAAUCCCUUGCAGUGACCAUACAUUUGCGUCACCAUUACACAGUCAAGUUGGUCCUGCUUUUGUUCCCAACCUUCAGCCAAUAGUGAAUCUCAACAUUCAUUUAAAUACUUCUUCAGAUUUUAUCCCAGCUAUAACUAGUGAUACCACACAAACGACUGUUAGACUAGUACCAGCACAUCAUCCAAUGAGCCAAGACUCUUCUUAUUACAAAAGCCACAAAGUUUAUAAUGCACUGCAGCCCCAACAUCCUCUCCCAUUUUUUCAGGAUGCUCAAGGGACUAUACACAAUUCACACCAAUGCAGCUCUGGUAGAUCAAAAUUUUUAACAACUUUGAAUGCACCAGAAAAUGGGCAGCGUCAACUCAUGUAUAAUGCACAAAGUCCUUUCGAAGUACUCCAUGCACAGACUCAUCAUGAUCUAAUGCUCUCUCCGAAAUAUCACAAAGCUGCAUGUGCUAGAACAUUAGUGCCAGGUCUUUACAAUCAACCUCGAUCAAAUCCGAUGCCUCACUCAGUGAAUCAGGAAAAAGUGAUGAGAGAAGAUCACAAUGCUUUUGGAAAGGAAUAUGGGAGUUUAGGGUUCCCUGCACUUCCCUUUCUGCCUUCACAUCAGCAGAAGUUGGUUCAGUCUACAAGCACGCAACUCAUUCAGCAAAUGAAGAAUAUUUAUAAGGAUACACCACACCUGGCUCACACACACCCUGACUCCCACGUGGUUUUUCCUUCCAUUUAUCCCAUGGCAGAGAGUGAUUCUGAACUGGAUGCAAGACCAAACAAAAAAAUGGGACCAUCAAUGAAAUGCUGUAACUCGGAUGGCUACUUAGCACAAAUGGAGAAGGUUAAUAAACUCAAGGAAAAAAAGCACUUAAAGCCUUAUACAAUGAGAGACGACAAUAACGUAAAACAGGAUGUGAAACUUGGAGGUUUGGGACCUGAUUACAAAUCCAUUCAGGAGAAGGCAAUGAAAAUGAAACUGGAAAAGGAAUAUGCAAACCAAAUUAAAGAACAGAACCUGAGAGGUGGAUGUAAAUCAUCAUCUUCCCCACAGAAACAGUCAACAAACACUGAGAACAAAAGUAUUAAUUCAAGCUGGAAACGGGGAAAAGAAUAUGCUAAAAGCAUUCAUAAGCCAAAACCACUUACAGUUAAUUCCAAGGUGGCCAAUGAGAUGCCGGGUAAGGAAAAGUUAACAAAACUUGGUAAAUGUGUGCAACUGGACCCAUCUGAAAAUACAAUAGUUAAGAUGAUGCAGGAGAGACAUGAAAAGGAGAAACGAAUUGUUGCGGCCUUUAAAGCAAGAUAAGAAAUGAAGAUAAGAAAUACUUGAACUUUUUUAUAUAUAAUGAAUCAUGCUGAAAGGUCUUAUAAUGUCACAUUAACAGCACUCUAAGUUUAUAUUGCCUUUUUAAAUUAUCACAAUUAGAUGAGUUAUGUCAUAGGACAAUCACUCAGUUGCUGAGAAGCAAAUAAUGCUCU